UCUUCAUUUCGUAUUUUUAUGAACAUGUUUUUCUAUAUUUGGUUUCUUAGAAAUGAAUGUGAUUUCGGUAUCUGUUUUUGUUCUAUGAAAAGGCAAAUAAACCAACUUGAACCGAACAAUAUAAAUUUGGUGGAAUCUCAUCUUCUCUGUAUGUGCCCGUGUCAGAUUGUAUGCGACGUGCGUUUUAGAAAGAAAAGAAAUACUGGUUUUCUUUUAAAAAAUUAGUUAGCUCUGUUAAAUUUGAUCACUUCAUAUGCCAAUUAUACGUGGGUCAUUGAGUUUAAUUCAUUUUAAUAAAAUGGGGUGUUUUAUUUGUCGUAGUUUUAAGUACGUAACUGUUCUUCAGAGGAUAGAUUGGUUUUCAUUUUAGUUUCUAUGAUAAUGGAUCACCUUUUGUGACAAGGGUUGGUUUAAACAUGUCAUUAAUAACGGGUUUGUGGUAGUUGGGAACAAGGUUUCAAAAUUUGAUCAAUAGUAUUCAUUGAUUUUCUGUUUUGUAACUACAGACUGUUUCUCUAAUUGUUAUUUGAGAUAUUAGAGUUUAGAUCACUCCUCUACCCUUACCUGUUUGCUAAGAAUACUCAUGGAAUGAUAACAAAAUUAAAUCUUUUAUCUUAAUCCAGGUUGGUUUCGACUAAAAUGCAAUGGGGCUAAUUUUCUUUGGGCCCAAAUAUCUUCCCUUUUUCUUAAGCCUUUAGAUAUCAAAAUGAGCAACAAGGCGAAGUUUUGCUUUUGGGUAUCAUUUUCUCAUUUAGCAAUGGAGGAUUGUUGUUUAAGGUAGAAGUGGAUAUAAUAUUUAACUGUGCUGAAAUUUGUGAUGGAAUUACUUAGUGAAGUUGUACGUUAUGGAAGUAUGCUCAUGAUUUUUGUAGGUACCCUUUCUUUGUCUGAUUGAAAGGCCUUUUCAUUCUGGUUUUUGUGGGACUUGAGUGGUGGAACGAUCCUGUAGCAUUCACACUGUAAUUGGUGUCAAAACCAAUUUUUUAUGUUACGUGGAAUUCUUCACCUCUAUACGAAUCUUGCUUUGCUGUAGUUCUUGAAUUCAGAUGAGGACAGCUUCCAUGUGCUUUUCCAUCUUGCAAGUUCCUAGAUGCAGAAUCCCCAACUUAGCUAAUGUGUGGAGGGAAAGCUUUCACAGCUUGAGUAGGAAUGAUGGUAACAGUACUAGCUUUAAGCUGAUUGGUCCCAAAACCUAUGGGCUUGAGAGAGCUCACGAUAAAAAAUGGUCACGAAGACCUGUAUCUUCAAAUGCUGGAAAAAACAAAACCGUCCAGCAUAGCAAACCAAGCAACAUUGGAAAUGAAAUUUUAGAUGGAACGGUUCCAUUCAAUGUAAAUAAAAAAGUGACAAGUCAAUUCCAAAAAAUUCAAUACUCUGACAUUCAACAAAAGAUUGCUGAAAAUAAAGACCUGGCUGACCUUGUGACAGUUAUUGUCUUCGAUAUUGAGACUACUGGUUUAAGCAGAGAGAAGGAACGGAUCAUUGAGAUUGCACUUCAAGAUCUUAAGGGAGGUGAAAACAGCACUUUCCAGACACUUGUAAACCCUCAACGCCAUGUGUCUAAUUCACAUAUACAUCACAUUACAACCUGUAAGGUCAACAGACCUGAUGUUCCUAGGAUGGAGGACCUGAUACCAGUCUUACUGCAGUAUGUCAGAAGCCGACAAAAACCUGGGGGAUAUGUAUUGUGGGUUGCUCACAAUGCUCGCUGUUUUGAUGUACCCUUUUUGUUUAAAGAAUUUAGUCGCUGUUCCACAGAGGUUCCUCUGGAUUGGCUAUUUGUGGAUACGCUUCCUUUGGCACGUGAGAUGAUGAAGUCCAAAGGUUUGAAAGUUUCUGGAGUUUCAUUGCAAGCCCUUCGAGAGUCGUAUAAAAUUCCGUUGGUUGGUUCCGCUCAUAGAGCCAUGUCAGACGUGAAGAUGUUGUCUUUGAUCCUUCAGAGGCUGACUUUUGACCUAAAACUGAAUCUCUCUGGUCUCCUUGAAAGAUCUUUCAGAUAUGACCAACCCUAAGAACUAGAAUUUGAGCUAGUUUUUAGCUUUGCUGUUGGUUCUUUACUAACUAUUUAGUUUACCAAAUAACUGAUUGGCCCGAUAUUACUGGGUUUGGCAUGCAAAGGACUUCCACUUGAGGGGGCGGGAGUUUGAAAUUCUUUGGCAUGCAUCAGCUAUUAACCCCUGGGUGACUCUAGAGUCUAGGGGUGGCAUGCAAGCAAUGGUUGGGGUGUCGGAUAUUGUGACUUCAAAAAGAAGGAAACCAUUUGUUGUAAUUUCAACUCAAUUCAUUACUAUAUGUUCUAUCAUAUCAUGAUUCAUGCAGUCA